AUGCCAAAUAUAAAAAUACAGGACCUGCAAUCAGAGAUUGAAACACAUCGCGAUGUAUACGCAUCGCUCACGGGCACCGGCCGGCGGCUGCUGGGGUCUCUGUCCUCACAGGAGGACGCCGUCAUGCUGCAGCGCCGCCUCGAUGAGAUGAAUCAGCGAUGGCACCAUCUCAAGGCCAAGAGUAUGGCUAUCAGAAAUCGUUUGGAGAGCAACGCUGAGCACUGGUCUGCGCUGCUGCUGUCAUUACGUGAACUCACUGAGUGGGUGAUCAGAAAAGAGACUGAACUGAAUGCACUAGCUCCACCACGCGGCGAUCUAGCCGCACUAGUAAAACAACAGGACGACCACCGGGCAUUCAGAAGACAGCUGGAGGACAAGCGGCCUGUAGUCGAGAGCAACCUUCUCAGCGGGCGUCAGUAUAUUGCCAAUGAGCCACCGCUGUCUGAUACCAGUGACACGGAACCGAGCCGAGAAAAUGAAGGAGAUUCGCGUGGCUAUCGAUCUGCGGAAGAGCAGGCUCGGGAACUGGCGCGCUCUAUCAGACGUGAGGUGGCCAAGCUGGCUGACAAGUGGAACACCUUGGUAGACCGCAGUGAUGCCUGGGGACGGUGUCUCGAUGACGCUGUACAGACGAAAGAGACUGAGCGCCAUCUAGCUGAAUUUAACUGCAAUGUGAGGAACUAA